GGCGGGCUCGUGUACUUUAAGGGUGUCAGGAGAUCGACGAGGGAGGGGUUAUAAGACAGCGUUUCAACAGACUUGUACCGAUGACCGAUCAGCCGGACAGAUCGCGCUCCCCCUUGUCGACGCCUGAGCAAGUUGCCAAGUCCGCCAAGCCGACCGGGAGAGACUCCCGAGGGAUCCAGCCCACAUACCCGGCAGAGAAUGGGUGCGAGGACAGACCGCGGAGGUGUGCAAGAACACCUGGAGACCUGGAGAUCUCGUUGGACGCGGAGACCCCAGGCCUCUCGGAGAGCAUGAAGAAGCACCCCCUCAUGAGGUUUAAGCCUGUAGAGCAGCGCUCGCCGCUGCUGAACGGGAGCGACAGCGAGAGGAAGUUGGACCGGAAGACGUGCCAGGUCAGCCAGAAGUCAAAGACGAAUGCUCAGUAUCACAAGUUGUUCAAGGAAAUAAGCAAAGACGAGCUGCUGAGACAAAGUUACACGUGUGCUCUGCAGAAAGACAUGUUGUAUCAAGGCAAACUGUUUGUGUCGGACAACUGGAUUUGUUUCCACUCCAAGGUCUUCGGCAGAGACACCAAGAUCUCCAUCCCAGUGCUCUCUGUGACACUUAUCAAGAAGACCAAAACUGCAAUUUUAGUGCCGAACGCCCUUGUGGUUGCAACUACAAGUGAGAGGCAUGUAUUUGUGUCCUUCCUUUCCCGAGACACCACCUUCAAACUUCUGAAAUCCAUCUGUGUUCACCUGGAUAUGGACAAUAUUGGCAGCCCCAUAACCUUCUCACGUGAGAAUACCCUGAGAGUAGACUGCUCAUCAUCCCUUCCUCUGGACUUCUGCGGAGAUUUCUCUGACUUGGAUGGUGAUGUGCCCCAAAGACGGCAGGACACACUGGAGAGCAGUAGUUCUGGAUCUCAGACUCCUGACUAUGAGAAAAUGGCCGACUUCCCCAGCCUCCCAGACACAUUCCUAAGUGCUGUAAAGAGUGGACAGAUGUCAGUCCACGCAGACAUUCACCUGAAGACCCCAGGCCCAAAGCAUGGAGUCACCCUUCAGAAUGGGCCACCCAAGACAAACAAGGGGGUAGUAAACAAAGAGAAACCCCUACAACCUCUGUCGUUACACACCAUUCUUCUACUCUAUCUGUUUUUAGUAAGUGUUCUCGUCUUGUCUUCAUGUUACAUGGCUUUCAAGAUUGUGGCUCUUGAACAGCGUUUGAACUCCUUGGUGUCUAUGGGAGAGUACACCUGCACCAAAAACGCUGGGAAUUACAGAUCCCAGGCUGACAUCAAUGCUGAGAUAUGCGGAGAACUAUCUACUAACCUCCUCAAGCUGGAAAAGAUUCAAAUGAACCUCCGCAAACUACUUGAGGAGACAUAAGAAGAGGGUGCUGCCUGGCCAACUGGGAGCGAUGCUUCUCAUACCAGCAACGGUUCAACACGGCAGACCGACAACCGGCUGCAACACGGCAAACAGCUUGUACAGGAAGCCAUUGUGCAACAGUGUUUCCCUGCACACUCAGGACUAUUUCGUCACAUUUUCGCUAAUAUUGGGCUAUAAGGGGCGUCCGGGGUGGCGUGGCGGUCUAUUCCGUUGCCUACCGACACGGGGAUCGGCGGUUCGAUUCCCCAAUCUUACCUCCGGCUUGGUCGGGCCUCCCUCCAGACACAAUUGGCCGUGUCUGCGGGUGGGAAGCCGGAUGUGGGUAUGCGUCCUGGGUCGUUACACUAGCGCCUCCUCUGGUCGGUCGGGGCGCCUGUUCAGGGGGGAAUAGCGUGAUCCUCCCCAGCGAAACUCCUCGCUGUCAGGUGAAAAGGAUCGGCUGGCGACAUGUGGUAGUCUGCAGCCCUCCCCGGAUCGGCAGAGGGGGGUGGAGCAACGAAUUGGCUGGAUACAAUUUGGGAGAAAAAUGGCGGGAAAAUUUUUAAAAAUUAUAUAUAUAUAUCGUGCUAGAAUGUACAUUUAAACAUAUUUCAAGUUUUACAAACGCCGAUUUUAGAUAGGGCCCAUUUAUUAGCUUACCUGAGAGGUGGUUUGUAUUUCACAGCAGUAGGAUGUUUCGGAUAAUGUCCGGAUGGGGGCGCUAUUUCAGUUUUUUUUUUUUGCCAACAUUUGAAAGCGGUGCACGCGCUCGUCGGUUCGUUCUAGUCGGUCUUCAUGAUUUACUUUUCAGCAAUGCGGUUUGGUAUUUGGUAAAGCUUCUUAUGUCUAACGUGUUUAACUCUGUAGGCAGACGGAAAUCUGUUUUCCACGUCUGCAACGUGAGCAACGGUUUACUACAAUGUAUUUUACCAUCCUGUAUUUAUUUGUGUAUAAAGUCAUGUUUGUAUCCCCCCCCCACCCCCCACUGCGGACAGUUUUACAAGAAGCAGCCGCAUAUUCACAAAUGUUCUUGUGUUUUUCAAAUGGUGUGCUAUUUUUAACAUGUGUGUGUGUGUGUGUGUGUGACGUGUCAAGACCAGCAUAUGCUGCUGGGAACAACUUGUGUAACCAAACAUGGUGUGCGCGUGCGUUUUUCAAAUGUACGGAGUUGCAAAGUUACCAGAAAAAAGUAAAAAAAUAA